AAUUGACAGCGAGCGAAGUGACAUUUACAUUUCGGAUGAAGGAUUUAAAGGAGAGUAGUUAAAAAUACCAAAUUUGGAACUUACCAAAAAUCAAAAUCUUUAGUACAACUGAUAUAUUCUUACUUGCGAUAGUAUUCUGAAAUGUUAUACAUCUUUAUUAAAAUAAAGUGUUCGGUAAAUUGUUGACAAUAACCAUGAGCCGUCAUGAAGGUGUUAGCUGCGAUUCCUGCCUAAAAGGAAACUUUAGAGGACGCAGAUAUAAGUGUCUAGUUUGUUAUGAUUAUGAUCUUUGUGCAACAUGUUAUGAAGGAGGAGCCACCAAUACAAGACACACUACUGAUCAUCCUAUGCAGUGUAUCUUAACAAGAUCUGAUUAUGAGCUGUACUAUGGUGGUGAGGCUCUUACCAGUUUGGAAUUACCCCAAUCUUACACAUGUCCAUACUGCUCUCGUAUGGGAUUUACUGAUGUAACGUUGCAAGAGCAUGUUACUGCUGAUCACCAAGAUAUUAAUUUUGAAGUGGUCUGUCCACUUUGCGCUGCAAUGCCAGGCGGUGACCCAAACUUAAUGACUGAUGAUUUCUCUGGCCAUUUAACUUUGGAACAUCGUACUGGUGCCAGAGAUUUAAUUUCUUUUUUGGAUGAGCCAGUAGGAACUAGGCAUAAUGUUAGACGCAUUCCACAUAAUACAUCUCAUGGCACCACCCAUCUGGGUAGGGGUGCAACCGCUGCUUUAAGACCAAGAAGAAGCAAUAUGCAUUUUGGCUCUGGAGGAUUGUCAUCUUCAUCCCCUUCUUCAAGAGAUUCGGUGGAUCCAAUAGCAGAACUUUUAUCUCAGUUAUCCGGGGUUAGGAGAUCAGCGAGUAAUACUAACAGUAGUACGCCAACUCAACUACAACAGCUACAAAUGCAGUUACAAUUAGAAAGACAACAAGUUAAUGCUGCGAGACAGCAACUAGAACGCUACCCUAGACGACAAACGCAAAGUCAAACAUUGAGAGAACCAAACACAUCAAAUUGUUCUUCCUCUACAAUGAUGCUCAAUGCGUCCCCGGUUGUUGUUCAGACAUCAUCUAAUACACCACUAGCGCCAUCGCAACAAUCACAAUUUUUGCUAACGGGUUUAUUAGAAGAGCUUUCACUGCAGUGUGCCUCUGAUCAAAUUAGAAGAGAGCGGAGCAGAUUUGUCCAAGAAUUAGUAAUAGCAUCCGCAGAAAGGAAAAUAGGAGAUCAAAAAACAACGUGCACACCUAACAUCAAGUCCAUAUACAAACAAAAGGAAAAUCGGGGUCAAGAUCUACCAAAAGAAGCCGCCACCUGCAGUAAACCUCGACCAAUCAAUGUAGUUCUUCGCGGAAGGGCCAGAAGUGAUGCACAAAAUGCGAAAAGAAGAGCCGAAGCUAACCGAAAUAGUCAAAACUUAAAUAUUAAAGAGAGUAUUGAUACUAAUAAUGGCGCUAGAGCUUUUUGAAUUAUAUAAACUGCGAUUUAAAUUUCAUUUAGCGUUGUACGAGAUAAUUUAUAUACACUGUAACAAAGGCAAAUAAACGAUUUCAUUACCAUUAAAA